UUCGUGAGGAUUUGCAGCAGAUUCAUCCAUGAUGGCGGAGGACAGCGAGUCCGCGGCCAGCCAGCAGAGCCUGGAGCUGGACGAUCAGGACACCUGCGGCAUUGAUGGAGACAACGAGGAGGAAAAUGAACACAGGCAGGGGAGUCCUGGAGGAGAUCUCGGUGCAAAGAAGAAGAAGAAGAAACAGAAGAGAAAGAAGGAGAAACCAAGCUCAGGAGGAACCAAGUCUGAUUCUGCCUCUGAUUCUCAGGAGAUAAAGAACCCUGCCAUUCCCAUGCAGAAACUGCAGGACAUUCAGAGGGCUAUGGAGCUCCUGUCCACCUGUCAAGGUCCAGCCAAAAACAUAGAAGAGGCCACAAAGCACAAGUACCAGUUCUGGGACACUCAACCUGUACCCAAACUCAAUGAGGUUGUGACAACUCACGGGCCAAUUGAACCGGAUAAAGAAAAUAUCAGACAAGAGCCAUACUCUCUCCCACAGGGCUUUAUAUGGGACACACUGGACCUCAGCAAUGCUGAAGUGCUGAAGGAGUUAUAUACUUUGCUGAAUGAAAAUUAUGUUGAGGAUGAUGACAACAUGUUUAGAUUUGACUAUUCUUCUAACUUUCUGAGAUGGGCAUUACGACCCCCGGGUUGGCUGCCCCAGUGGCACUGUGGUGUGAGGGUUUCAUCCAAUAAGAAACUGGUUGGGUUCAUCAGUGCCAUUCCUGCCGACAUCCACAUCUAUGACACGUUGAAGAAGAUGGUGGAGAUAAACUUCCUGUGUGUGCAUAAAAAAUUGCGCUCGAAGCGCGUUGCUCCUGUACUAAUCCGCGAGAUCACACGGCGGGUCAAUUUAGAGGGAAUUUUCCAGGCUGUUUACACUGCUGGUGUGGUCUUGCCCAAACCCGUGUCCACAUGCAGAUACUGGCAUCGCUCUCUAAACCCCAGGAAGCUUGUGGAGGUGAAGUUUUCCCACCUCAGCAGAAACAUGACGCUACAACGAACAAUGAAACUCUACAGAUUACCUGAUAGUACACGUACUCCUGGUUUGAGGCUGAUGGUAGAGGGGGAUGUAAAGCAGGUGACAUCGCUCCUGAAGAAACACCUGAGUCAGUUUCACCUGUGGCCUUUUUUAGGGGAAGAGGAGGUCAAGCACUGGUUACUACCACAAGAGAACAUCAUCGACACUUAUGUUGUUGAGGGUUCCGGUGGGGUGCUAACAGACUUAAUCAGUUUCUACACCCUGCCAUCCACAGUGAUGCAUCAUCCGAUGCACAAAAGCCUGAAGGCUGCUUAUUCCUUUUACAAUGUCCAUACAGAGACACAGCUCAUAGACCUGAUGAAUGAUGCUCUCAUCCUAGCCAAACUGAAAGGUUUUGAUGUUUUUAAUGCACUGGAUCUAAUGGGCAAUAAGACUUUCUUGGAAAAGCUCAAGUUUGGGAUUGGAGAUGGUAACCUGCAGUAUUACCUGUACAACUGGAAAUGUCCCCCCAUGGACCCAGAAAAGGUUGGCCUUGUUUUACAGUAACCAGCUGCUCCGCGUUAGAUGCUGACUGAUUCAAAGGUCCAUCACAAAUUCUCUGACUUGGACAUAGUCUAGAUAAAGAGGACAAACUGACAUCCAUUCAAAGUGAAUGAGUUAUGUUGUGCAGCUCUUUAUAGUUUUGUUCCAGUUAUCGAGGGUUCUCCCUUCUUUCUGAGAAUGUGAGAAACAUUAUCAACGUCAAACACAUCCACAAGCUGUAUACACAAGUAGUGUUCAUUUAUUUUUCCUUAACAUUUCCAAACUGUACCCUCUCACAUACGUUUAAUCCCAUUUUUUGAUUUUUGUAUUUUCUUCAUUUGUUUUGUAAUAUGAAGGUGCGUGGAUAAAUUUGUGUGAAUUAGCAAGCUGUACAAUUAAUGGCAGAUAUUUAUUAUGUGUUGUGUGGUUUACAAGGGGCCAGGAUAUCCAAAGUCUUUUCUAUGGAGCUGCCUUUGAAAGUAAUUAACAUUUGAAGUUCCUGCUGUUAGUGGGAAGGGGUGAGGAGUAAAUGGUUACAUAUAGAAGAAUGUUUUGCAUUUUGAUGUGCAACAUCAACAUGUUUAUAAAAGGGCCGGAACAUUCUGAGGUGCAUUUUUAAGGAAAAAAUAUUGUUUUGUUAUUUAGGUUUUGUGUGUCCAAAAAUAAUUUUUAAUGUGAGUUCAUUUAAAUUAGUUUCAUGAAGGCACGAUCGUUACAACUUUUCCACACCAUUUCCAUUAUUUGACAUUUAGUGUUUAUAAAUUAUUAUAAUUCUAAGUAAACAAUUCUGAUAUUUAGAAUUGUAUUUAAGUUACAUGUAUGGUUUUUUUUUAUUUAUUCUCUCAGUAUUCUUUGCAGUGAAAUCAUAACCUUGUUCAAACGGUGCAUUUGCUAACAAGCCCUGGUAAUUUUGCUAUACUUGAGAACAAAGAGAAUUAAACCAUCACAAUAAAGCAUUUUCUCCCAAUGCUUUUGGUGACCCGGCCGGGAAGGUUUGCUUGCUGUUCUGGUGGUUACAAUCACUGCUAGGUGGAACUUAAUGAAAUCUGAGCAAAUGUAUUUCUACAGCUUAUCUUGUCAUGGUUUGCUUUAAUAUAUCUGAAUCUACAAUAUGCUGUAAAAGCGCACGUCCAGAUAUCCUUAAAAGAAAGAUCUCACAUUUUAACCAUUUCAAUCAGUUUUGUUCAAUAACGUCCAUGGCACUUUGCGAAUGUCAGUUUGUGUAUGUUUUUCUAAGGCUUGUGUAUGAAAUGAGCAUGAACUUUUAUUUUCCUCCAAUCUUUAUGGUUUAAGAACUUAUGGGGUCAUGGUGAGAACACCCAGAGUACUUGCCUUAUUUAAGAGAGGGUGUUUUUUUUUUAAUGUCAAAUGUGUAGUUUUAAAUGAUCAGCUUUCUCUUUCUGAAAACAGUAUUUUUAUUGAAUUCCAUUGCAGAAUUGAUGAUGGGAAUAAGUACCAGCACCAUGUCAAACAUGACAGUAACCCAAAUAUCUAAUUGUCAAAAAUAUACAUCAAGGUAUACCAGCAUGGAUAUUUGACUGAAUAAAA